GAGAGACGCAAUGGAUAAAUACGAGAUUGUUCGGAAGAUCGGAGAGGGAGCGUUCGGAAAAGCAUUUCUCGCAAGAGCAAAGGCUGAUAACCUGAAUUGCGUAAUCAAGGAAAUUAACCUGUUAAAGAUGCCGCAAAAAGAAAAGGAAGCUUCUCACAAAGAAGUGACCCUGUUGGCCAAGAUGAAGCACCCAAACAUCGUAACAUUUUUCACUGCAGUUGAAGAAAGGAAUAAGUUAUUCAUUGUCAUGGAGUAUUGUGAUGGCGGCGACCUGAUGAAGAGAAUAAACAGACAACGAGGUCUUCUUUUUGAUGAAGAUCAGAUCCUGAAUUGGUUUGUGCAGAUUUCACUGGGUCUUAAACAUAUCCACGACCGGAAAGUCCUACACAGAGAUAUUAAGGCGCAGAACAUCUUUCUCUCCGGUAACGGGACUGUUGCCAAACUGGGCGACUUUGGCAUAGCGAGAGUCUUAAACAACACGAUGGAGCUGGCUCGUACCCGCGUUGGAACGCCUUAUUACCUUUCACCUGAAAUCUGUGAGAAUCGGCCUUAUAACAACAAGACGGAUAUCUGGUCUCUAGGUUGUGUGCUGUAUGAACUGUGUACAUUAAAGCAUCCUUUUGAAGCAGGUAGCUUACACCAGCUGGUGGUGAAGAUCUGCAGAGGCCGCUACGAGCCGCUCUCCUCGAAAUACUCUUACGACCUCCGGAUCCUGAUAUCGCAGCUUUUUAAAAUAUCCCCACGCGACAGACCAUCAAUCACCUCCAUAUUAAAGAAGCCAUUUUUGGAAAGGCUUAUAAACAGGUUCCUGAGCCCAGAGCAAAUUCAGGAUGAAUUCAGCCACACAGUCUUACACAGAAAGAAACAGCCAACAUCAACGAAAGUCGGCUGUACCCCAGCACCCAGACAAUCUCCAGCUACAAAAGGGGAAAGGCUAAAAUUGAAUCCACAGAGGGCCAAGUUGGUAACGCCUCCCAGGAGAGACGGACUACCAAAAAGGAAUGAAUGGAAGUCCCCUGUAAAUGUCCAGCAGCACAUGGCCAAGUAUUGGGAACGUAGAUUGGAUGUCCCCGAGAAACCAGCUGCAGUCAGAUUACACGGGAAUUACGGCCACUACUACGCUCAGUUGAACAACGUACAACAGCGAGCCUACGAGGUCCAGAUGAACCAGCGAGUUGAGGAGUAUUGUAAACAAAGAGACAUCCAAAUCCCGCAACAGUGGCCAGCAGAGUAUUUACAGAGACGUCAGGAAGCACAGCUAUAUAGAAUAAAGGUAGAGAAGCAGUUGGGUCUACGGCCAUCCUCUGCUGAUCAUUUCUACAAACCAGUGCAAGGUCCAAGACCUGAAAUCCACCCUGAACAGCACUUGGAGAGGACACCACAGAGACAGCAGCCCAGGAACAAUGAGAAAGAAGAACAGUACCUGAAACAGCUUGAACUCAUUCGCCAGCAGUAUUAUAGUGAAGUUAAAGAAAAUAAAGUCAAAGCUGGAGGAGGCUAUCAGGAGGCCCCUAAGGUUCCAAAGGCAACAUACGUAGUGAAGCCAGGGAAGAAUGGAAAGGGGACACCUCACAGGGACCAGCCUGAUACCCCACAGCCGGCGGAGGACAUUGAAAAACAUUUAAUUCAAAUCUCUGUGCAAAACAGACAAGAAAGGAAAGCACUGGAAGAAAAGUAUAAAGUCAAGGGUGGAGUGAAGUUUGAAAUUGAUUUACACGAACCUUUUCAAGAGGAAGACACCAAAGCGGAUGAGGAAGCUGAUUUACUCAAUGAUACUCUGACAUUUGAUCAUGGGAAGAAACUCGAGGAUGUCAACUGGAGUGAGAUGUACAAAGGUUGUGCCGUACAGGACUCGGAUGAUACCAAACUGGGUGAUAAAACAGCAGAUAACCGGAAACAGUGGACUCCAGGAGUUCCUAAAACAUUGCUGCAUAUUCUACAGGCGGCUGACGUCACGUCUGUUAGCGACACCGUGGCCGACAUAGACCGUGUUGAUGACUUGCCCAUAAAUCGGAAGCAGUGGAAACACAUGGCACCUGCUACGCUGUUAAAAGCCUUGGCUGAGGCGGAGAUGGAUAACUCCAUUAUCCAUGAUGAAGAUGUGUGUGAUGGAACUUUGAAGCAAUGGCCUCCAGUGAAGGGAGAUGUGGAAACUGACGAAGCAUCAGAGGAUGACUUGGAUGAAGAGCGACUAGAACCAAGAUCUGACGAUGACGAUACCAAUUUCGAAGAAUCCGAAGACGAACUUAGAGAGGAGGUCAUGGACUCCAUGGAAAGAGUUUUAGGUCACACAGAAGGAAAGGCGUUAGAAGAAAAAGUGGUUGAGAAAAAAGAUUCUUCUGCAGAGAAGCCUGCCAUGGAUACACGGAGUUCCGAUGCUCAGAAGCCAGACCAGAGUUCAGCAGAAAACAGCUAAGAGGCAAUAAGAAGAGACGGGGUGUAGCAAUGGAUGACAAGCUGCCUUUAAUGUCAGGGUAGAGAUAGAUAUGUACUACUCACAUGUAUGGGUAGUAUGUAUACAGCAGACACAUGCAACAGAAAGUCAUCGUUCAUG